GCAUUUCUACUUUUGCUGAUUUAACCAUAACUUAGUGUUCUGCGUUUAUCACUAAUAUCGUAAAUAUUAUUUUUACAGGGUUUAUUCCCAACGGGAUAUUCAUGAGACACAUUACUGCUUAAUUGAUAUGUCUAUCUGGUUACUAGUAUAGUUGAAGUGACUAACUGGUGCCAAAAUUAAAGAACUAUCUAAGAAUUUAGCCUUUUAAUAACUAUCGAGUCAAGACUUGGUUGGUUGGUGGAGAAAAAAUCAAGACUUCAUUGGCAAUCGACAAGAAAAUUACUUUUCUCCAACUGCUUCAUUGGCACUUUGUCAAAGCUAUUUAUCUACAUCAGUCAUGUUCGAGGAAAUUUAAGUUCCAACUUUUGUCGUAAUUUUAGUCUUGUUUGGAUCCCAUUAGCAGGAGCAUACUCAGAAAUGUUUGUAAACGAUAUCAAAAUUUACAAAAGAACCGGAGUAAUAACUUUAAUUAUCAUACUUCUAAACAAGAAAUAACUUUAGUAUAUUAAUUUUGUUGAGUUUUAAGUUAGAAAAAUUCAUGGAUUAAAUGCUAAUUCAUCACAAUUUUUAACUGCAUAAAUUCUCUCAAAAAUUUGCAAAAAUGAUGUGUUAGUUAAGAUUUGGACCUCUGACAUCUUAAAGUAAAAUCAAGCACGUAACCAAUACACCAACAAAUAAUUUAUGUUAAAUGGUGUCAUUUUUUCCUAUUUAUCUGCUUUCUCAUAGUAUUAAUAUAUAUUUAGUAAAAAAAUUCCACAAGACACCGCACCGAUAAAGAUACAUCCACCCCUGCCUACUAGCCUCAAACCGAUGUUCUUGAAAAGCUUUUCCUUAUAAUAAUUAAACUUCUUCCACUAGAUGAGUCAUUCCACGUUGAUAGAUAAAGUUGGACUAUUACAAACAAAUGAAAGCGAAAUUUCUUGGAAUAACCAUAAAAUAAAAAAAAUAAAAAUAAAAAAUAAAAAAAUUGACUAUGCAAGACCUAAAACUCUUUUUAAACGAAUUAUGAAGCUAAAGUAACUCCACCAAUUUAUGAAAAAGAAAAAAAAAUGAAUUAUAGAGAGAUGUCUAUAGACACAAUCAUGGAAGAUGGAGAUUCCUUUGUUUCUAAUACAGAUGCAAUCAUCUGUGCCGCUUCUGAUAUUUCAGGUUGGACUCAGAGCUUGAUCUCAGAUCCCAACAUUCCGAAUUCGUCAAACUCGACGAGUGUAGACGACCACCACCACCAGCUGAUUUCGACAGCUGCUGGCGGUGGUACUAAUGAUUUGAUGAUUAUAUCAUCAAGUGCAUCUUCCAGAAGGUCCAAGAAUAAUAAUAAGAAAAGUGAUCAAGAGAUCAGAAUAUUUAAUGUUGAUUUUAGAGCAUUUUCUGAGGCUGCUUUAGUAUAUUCACCUUCUUCUUCUUCGUCACCAACUCAACCCCAAAACAAUUUUCAUUCAGAAGACACUGCAUUCAGAAGGUUUACAUCAGAUUUUGGCCCCAAUAAUGUCCCAAUAGCUGCAACAGAUCCUAGUCAAAGCUAGGGGCGGAUCCAGGAUUUAAACUGCCAAACGACCACAAAUGGUAGUUACAAAAUGCCAGUGAGAAGAGACGCGGAAGCCUAAUGAUAUGUUUCAACAAUGAGAUCUUUAAUUUGAUCCCUCAGAACAAGACGCGGAAACGAUCAUGUUAUCUUUUAAAAGCAGUAUCUUACUUCAACCAAAAAAAGAAAUCAUUUAAGAAAUAAGGAAUAAUUGCAGCUGGAAACCAACUUGUUGUAGUUGCCUAAAUAAUUGCAGUGUUGUCUGCUAAACUGUAGGCAAAAGUGCUUACCGGACUAAAUUCAAGGAGUUGGGCUGCAAAAGUUGAGGAGCACACACCAGAAGCUGCUGAUCCUUUUUUGCAUAUGUUUGGAUUCUGUUUUUAUCUUUCAAAAGUUUGCAGUUCUUUUCUAGUUAACAUUAGACUUGUUUAGCAUGUUUUUAGCAGCAUUUUAUUGAACAAUCAGUCACUAACUUCAUGUAUUUAAGAAGCACUAAGAUCCCGCCAUGUACAAGGUCCGGGAAAGGGCCGGACGACAAGAGUCUAUCGUACGCAGUUUUACUUUGCAUUUCUGCAAGAGAUUGUUUUCACGGCUCGAACUCGUGACCUCCAAUCAAUGAAAUGUACCACUUGUCCAAGUCAAA